AUGCCAACAACCGCGGAGACUGCUACUUCGCAGGGUCUGGCUCUGAGCGGGGCUGACACUGAUAAAUUCCCAGACGGCUUGAAGACUUCUGGACAGCAUCCCCCAGUGUAUUCUUGGGUCCGUCCAUAUGCAGACUUCCCCAAAGUACAUACAGGCCCGACGGUGUGGAAGGCCGAAGACUACCGCGAGAAUCCCGAGCUGUGGACUCACCAAUUUAGCGAUGAUGAAAUCCAAGAGAUAAGCGCCGCCGCAGACAAGUUCAUCGAAAAAGAAUUACCGUUGACUGGUAUCUCCAAGACUAACUUCCCGCUCCCAACCCUCUCCCGCCGUAUGGAGGAGCUGCGGAAAGACUUGAUUGACGGCAAAGGAUUCUACCUUUUCAAGGGUAUUCCUGUCCAGCAGUGGAGUGUUCAAAAGUGUGCCACUACAUAUAUGGGCCUUGGUACCUAUCUUGGAUACUUUGUGAGCCAAAAUGGCCGUGGACACGUUCUUGGACACGUCAAGGACCUGGGAGAAGACCCGACCAAGACUGACCGAGUCCGUAUUUAUCGCACCAAUGCCCGUCAGUAUUUCCACACUGAUGGGUCUGAUAUCGUGGGACUUCUCUGCAUUGCCAAAUCAAUGUCGGGAGGCGAAUCAGACAUUGCAUCAACGCACCAUGUGUUCAACAUGCUACAAGAAAGACACCCGGAUGUUGUCCAGACACUUGUGGAGCCUAACUGGUAUUUUGAUCGCAAGGGUGAGACCUCCGAGGGCGAGGAACAGUGGAUUCGGGGCAGUAUCUUUUACCUCGAGAAUGAGCGUGCCGAGAAUCCCAGGGUCUACGCGAGAUUUGACCCUAUGAAUGUGACUUCCCUGGCACGAUUUAACUCGGGUCCCAAUGCUCAGAUUCCCCCUCUGUCCGAGAAGCAGAAGCACGCGAUGGAGGUGUUCGAGAAGACUUGCGCUGAGCUUUCACUGCACAUGAUCUUGGCGCCAGGCGACAUCCAGUUUGUCAGCAACUCACACGUCUUCCACGCACGAACUGCAUACACCGAUCACCCUGCAGGUGCUGUCGAUGAGAAUGGCGCCCCUGCCCGUCGCCGACACUUGAUGCGUCUUUGGCUCUCCGCGCCUGAAUCAGAAGGCGGCUGGAAGCUUCCUUAUCACGAUACCCUAGAAAAGAAGCGAGGAGGUAUUCAGGUCAAUGAUCAACCGCCUCAUUGCCCUUUGGACGCGGAGUAA